AUGUUCAAGAAUACGCCUCGACCGGUGCCGACACACGAUAUAGAUUCGUCUACGGAUGAAGAGGAUGGUGUACCGUUCAUCAGCGAAGAAGAUGACCCGUUGAUACCCUCUGCCUCAGACGUUCGCCGGACGUUUCGCGACGGAAAGGCCAUGUGGGAUGCUCUCUUCCAGCAAGCGAGGGGGAUUCCCAGGGGUCUAUGGCCAACGGGCAUGUUGGAUCCCUACAUUGCCUUGAUGGAUGUUCCCAGUCUUCCGGAGCAUCUCCCUACCGAUCGAAUUCUUUACGGAAGGCCUCGGUGGCGUCUCUCUCCCGACAUUGCGAGUCCGAGGUCUACGGGCCAAGACGAUGAUGGUCCAACGCUAAGACAUGGUCGUCGGCUGGCGUUUUUCCUCCAGGCUGAAGACCCAAUUCGCAGCAGUAUCAGUCAGGAGGCUGCCUCGUACUCAAUGGGCUUGGAUUCAACCACGACAGGCAGCCUUUCCGUCCUGACAAUGUGUUGGUCGUACAUCUUGUCAGUCCAAGUCCUCGAGAUGCAGGGUCGCCAAGUGUGCUACUCUUCCUACCGCUUGUCACCUCAGCAACACGAGACGCCCAUGAUCGAUCUCGACGACGCAUCGUCUGCGCUCGUCAGAUGGCUCUGUGCUAUUCUCAGUCCUGAAUCCGGCUGGGGUGCAAAAGAUGAGGGAAAGCUACCCAUGUUUGCCACCUUUCUCAACCAAGAUGCUCAAAUCGUCAUUGGGGGAGCUCCCAUCUCGACCACAGACGUACACUCUGCGCCAAGUUCGUCCGAAGCGAUGAAGCUACUCAUUGAGCUCUGCGGCCUGUUUCGCCUUGGAACUGAGCGCAGCGAGGGAUCCAAAUGGGAAGCCAUAUCGCCGUAUCAGGCGGGUUUCCUGGCCGCGCUCGUCCUACCGUUUUACACCUUCAUGGGUCUCCAACCACAGCUGCCAACGCCGCGCCUCACCAAGUCACAGCGCGGUGUAUUCGAAAACGCCGAUGAGCAAGGGAUCCGGCAGUAUUACUGCGACCUCCGAUACUUCAUGGCGCUCGGUAGUCAUCCUCCGUCGGUUGGGUCGGUCCUGUGGAGCAUCUUCUGGCAGCCAGACGUUGAGUGCAACCUGGUGGGGCCAUGGCUGUCUUCGAUACUUGAAGUACUGAGGCCAGCCAUCAGGCAGAAGCAUGUGGAGGUGACCUUGAAGAUGUUUAUCGCGCGUCGGCCUCGAGUGGCUAUCUGGUGGGUGGCCAUCUUCCUACUGGGCGAUUUGACCGCCCUAGACUGCAUACAAAGGUAUACCCAGAAGCUGGAGGAGAAAGGGGGAACGGGGUCCAUGACGGCGCCUGAUCCAAUAAUAUCCGCAUGGACAGGCGCGAAGCAGACUUUCCUGGAUGAUGAAAAGGACGCAGCAUACGGGGAGCAGACAGACCUGGUUUCGAGGGCGGACGUGCUUCGGUGUCGGUUCGACCUCAAGCUCCAGGACUAUGCCUCAGUCCUCCUGGCCUGGAGACCGUUCGGGUAUAUACAGAAAGGCCAGGUUGAAGUCGAGCUCUGGCCGCUGUUAGAGACCAAGUAUGACCGGCAGUACCACUCGUUCGUGUGGUAUCCCGAGAGGGACUCGCUCGCAAAACCGGAGCAUGGAUUUAGACACGAUACCGGUAGGGAUGUGAAGGAUGUCCCCGACAACUUGGACCGACCUUCCACUGGCAUCAUGUCGAAAGGGGGUUAUCAGCCUCCCCUCAGCAUCCGGCCCUCAAGAAUAUCGACACGGAGGAUGUUGAACUUCUUGGUUGAAGACGCAGUAGCGAGACGUGACUGGGCGAAUGCAGUCCUACCGGUUGACCAAGACCAGCUUCGGUGGUUAUUUCACUGGGAAACCCCCGAUCCGAUGCAAGAUAGUUCCAGCAGCGAUAGGUCCGAGGGUGGUGGUAGCGUUAGAUCAACGUCAUGGUUCGUGGGGGAGUGGAUAAACGGGAGAUUCAAGUGA